AUGGCAAGGGCUGAGGCCUAUGAACAUAUGAAAGAGGAGUAUAAGGUCCAUGUCCAUUUAAAGAAAGUGACCAAGGCACUUCAUAAAGCCAAGGCCAGAAUUGAAGGGUGUGAAAAAGAGCAAUAUGCAAAAUUGAGAGACUACUUAGGAGAGCUUUUGAGAAGCAAUCCAGGCUCUACUUGUCAAAUGCAAGUCAUACCACAACCUGAUCCACAAGCCCCACCCAUAUUUUCUAAGUUGUACAUUUGUUUUGAUGCAUGUAAGAGAGGGUUCAAAGCUGGCUACAGGCCCUUAAUUGGUCUGGAUGGAUGUUUUUUAAAAGGAUAUUAUGGAGGACAAUUGUUAAGUGCAGUUGGGGAGGAUGCGAACAAGAGCUUCUAUGUCAUCGCAUAUGCAGUGGUGGAUAGUGAAACAAAAGAGAACUGGAAAUGGUUUUUAACCCUUUUUACAAGAAGACAUUGGCAACCAUUAAGUGUAUGGGUGGAAUUUUAUUUCAGAUCAACAGAAGAGGUUGAUUCCAGCACUUUAAGAGGUGAUUGGAAAGACAAGGCAAUCAGAGGCAUUGUCUGGGAGUGUUCAAGAUGCAACAUUGUCCCCCAGUUCCAGAAGUCAAUGACACGUUUGAAAGGGAUGAAUGAGGAAGCAUGGAAGUACUUGGACAACAUUGAUCCCUCAAGUUGGGUAAAAGCUUAUUUCAGCCACUGGCCUAAAUGUGAUAACAUCACAAACAACAUGGAAGAGAUAUGGAAUGUCAAGAUUGUUGGGUAUAGGUCCAAACCAAUAAUAACUCUCUUAGAGGAAUUGAGGUGCUACAUUAUGAGGAGGAUGGCAGCACAUCAAAGGGUUUUAGGAACUAUCAGGGGUAAAAUACCUCCUGCUCAACAAAAGAAACUAGAUCAAAGAAAGGUUCUGAGAAAUUCAUGGACACCAACUUGGACAGGAAAUCUGCAGGAAGAUAUGUAUGAAGUUAGUGGGAGGGGUGAGAGAGUUGGAGUUAAUUUAACAACACAUACUUGUGCAUGCAAUGCAUGGCAGUUGAUUGGACUUCCAUGUGAGCAUGCAAUAACAGCCAUUUGUCACAAAAAUGAACCACCUGAGAACUAUGUCCAUCAAUGGCUUAAAGUGGAUGCAUUGCAUGCCAUUUAUGCACACACCUUGAACCUAGUAAAUUCAGACAAGCAAAUUGGGCGUCCCAAGAAACACAGGAAGAAAGACCCAACUGAAGAGCAAGGGAGCAGUACAAAGAAAGUGAAAAGGACAUAUGCAGCCAAGUAUCCUAAAUGUGGUCAGACUGGACACUAUGCAAAGAGCUCUAAGGGACCACCAACUUCCAACAAAGGUAACAGACAAGCAAGACCAGAAUCUGUAAAGAUUGGAUCCAGCUCAGUAGAUGAAAUCUCAUUAAGUCAAGGAGGCCCUGCAGCACUUGGUAGUUCUCAGCCACAUGAAGGCAACUUGAGAGGAAGCAACCCACCUCCAUCAAAUCCACAACAGGCAAAUGAAAUGUUGAGUGAGGAGACAAUGAAUACAACAACCAGUGGCACACGAAGCAGAUUUUUGGCCUUCAUGACAACACCUUGUUUUAGGCCACCAAGGUCUGCCUCAAGAAAAUGA